AUGGCAUCCAUCAAAGACCAACACAGAUACCGAUCCGUGGAUCCCAAAACCCGGCCUCCACGCCCAGUCCAGCAACCCGCUCCUUCGCGGCUCCCUAAGAGGGUGGAUGAUAUCCGGAAGACGAAGGAGUACAAGGCUGCUGCACGAAGAUGGACAACGACUAUUGUCGGACUACCAAUUCUAAUGUACACAUCGUGGAUUCUUUAUGAGAGACUCUAUACUGGCAAGAGUCCCAAGCGGCUUGGAGAUGUGCAGGCACAGAAGGACUAA